CCGCAGUGAACUCGGCUCAGCGCAAGAAUCCGCAUCGCUCACAACAUCAACGUGAGAUCGCGAAAAAUUUCUAAUCCGGCGAGGAAGAUGGCUGCCGUGACGCUGGAAGACCAGUCCCUCUGGAAGGAUGGCGAGGAAUCGCUCAGCGAAGAGGUCCUGCGGAUGUCCAGCGACGAAAUUAUUAGCAGGACGAGGCUCCUGGACAACGAGAUCAAGAUCAUGAAGAGCGAGGUGAUGCGCAUCUCGCACGAGCUCCAGGCCCAAAAGGAGAAGAUCAAGGAGAACAACGAGAAGAUCAAAGUCAACAAGACCCUGCCGUACCUGGUGUCCAACGUCAUCGAGCUCCUCGACGUCGACCCGCAGGAGCUCGGCGAAGAGGACGGCGCCAACGUGGACCUCGACUCGCUCCGCAAGGGUAAAUGCGCCGUCAUCAAGACCUCCACCCGUCAGACCUACUUUCUGCCAGUCAUCGGACUCGUCGACGCCGAAAAGCUGCGCCCUGGCGACCUGGUAGGUGUUAACAAGGACUCGUACCUCAUCCUUGAAACGCUGCCGCAGGAGUACGACUCCAGGGUCAAGGCGAUGGAAGUGGACGAGCGUCCCACAGAGGAGUACUCCGACAUCGGCGGUCUCGACAAACAGAUCCAGGAACUCGUCGAAGCCGUCGUGCUCCCGAUGACCCACAAGGAGAAGUUCGUCAAUUUGGGCAUCAGCCCGCCCAAGGGUGUCCUCUUGUACGGACCUCCCGGCACCGGCAAGACGCUGAUGGCCCGCGCGUGUGCCGCCCAGACCAAGUCGACGUUCCUGAAGCUCGCCGGACCGCAGCUCGUCCAGAUGUUCAUCGGCGACGGCGCCAAGCUGGUGAGAGACGCCUUCGCGCUCGCCAAGGAAAAGGCGCCGGCCAUCAUCUUUAUCGACGAACUGGACGCCAUCGGUACGAAGCGCUUCGACUCGGAGAAGGCAGGAGACCGCGAAGUCCAGCGGACCAUGCUCGAGUUGCUCAACCAGCUGGAUGGGUUCAGCUCCAGCGCUGACAUCAAAGUUAUCGCGGCCACCAACCGGGUAGAUAUCUUGGAUCCCGCGUUGUUGCGUUCCGGCCGGCUGGAUCGGAAGAUUGAGUUCCCGCACCCCAACGAGGAGGCUCGGGCGAGGAUCAUGCAGAUCCACUCGCGGAAGAUGAACUGCGACAAGGACGUCAACUACGAGGAGCUGGCGCGCUGCACGGACGACUUCAACGGUGCCCAGUGCAAAGCCGUCUGCGUAGAGUCCGGCAUGAUCGCGUUGCGGCGUGGCGGGACCAGUGUGACGCACGAGGACUACAUGGACGCCAUCAUGGAGGUGCAGGCCAAGAAAAAGGCUAACCUCAACUACUAUGCUUGAGGCUGCUGGGCCGCCAUUUUGUUUCUUUUUGCUGCUUGUUUGGCUUUCAUUAAAAGGUGCGUUCUUCUGCGAA